GAUGGCAGGUUGUGGACAUGGUCGAUGUGAACAUGACCACACUCAUGGUAUCGGGGAAGAAAAAGGAUUUGAGUAUUCAUUGUAUAAAAAAAUAGAUUUCACCCACCUUGAAGUUCUGAACGAAGCUGAAGAAGGCUCUGGUAAAUCUGUCUUUAAACCAUGGGAAGAAAGGCUCGAUUCUAACAAGUUUGUUGAAAGUGACGUGGACCAGGAGCUGCUAUUUAAUAUACCGUUCACUGGUAAUGUGAAAUUAAAGGGGGUUAUUAUAGUCGGUGGGGAAGGUGAUUUUCAUCCUAGAGUUAUGAAACUUUUCAAAAACAAACCACAUAUGACAUUUGAUGAGACAGAAAUUGAGCCGGAUCAAGUGUUUGAACUAGUAGAAGACGUGAAUGGCACAGUGGAGUACAAUACAAAAGUGCCACGAUUUUCCAGUGUGCAAUGUUUAUCAAUAUAUUUUCCAAGUAAUUUCGGAGCAGAGACAACCAAAGUUACAUACAUUGGGCUUAGAGGAGAAUUUCAAGAGGCUCGACGGCACGAGGUGACCAUCUGUAAUUACGAAGCCAGAGCAAAUCCUGCAGAUCAUAAGACAAACUUUUUAGACACGGUCAACCAUGCAGUAUCAUGAUAUGUGCUGUGCAUUGCUGAACAUUGUUCACUGACAGUACGAAGGAUGUUAUUUAGAGAGAUGCGUUGUAUCUUUGAUUUCACGAAAUCCCUGUGUUAUAUCAAGAUUUAUAAAUGAAGAGAUCUUGUAGUAGUUGCCUGCAGUCAAUCUCUUACCCGGCUGAAGGCUCGUUUAAUUUUGGGAAAAUUUUUUAACACCACUAGUAAUAUUAAUCCCAGAUUGAACUCGCCAUUGUACGAUACCUUACCACUUGAAAUGAAAGUGUACAUUAAAUAUAAAA